AUGACUGGCUCGCCGUUUGAGCAAGGGGCCAUAUCUGCCGCGAUGACUGUCUCAAACUCCCCCGAGUCUCCAGAAUCUUUCGAAGUCGACGAGGAGUCCAAUUCAAUGCAAUCAGCGCAUUGGCAGACGCAGGACCAGACAUCUCCCAAUUCGACCUCACAAACGCGCACGACUGCGCCUUUGCAGAAACGAAGGCGAGUUACAAGAGCAUGCGACGAAUGCAGGAGGAAGAAGAUAAAGUGCGACGGAAAGCAACCGUGUACACAUUGUACUGUGUACAGCUAUGACUGCACAUACGAUCAGCCUUCGAAUAGGAGAAGAAAUCCUGCGCCACAAUACAUUGAAGCUCUAGAAACACGGUUGCAGCGAGCAGAAACCCUUCUACGAACACUCCUUCCUAACCUUGAUCUAAAUGAUCCGAAUAUUGAGGCUACAAUUCAACAACGCCAAGCGGGGAAUGCCAAGGGAUCCUUAUCAGGGGGAGCAUCAAGCGAUGCGGCUGCAGAGCAGGAUGCCCAAUUACGAUCCAUGAUAGCAUCUACAGGUCAGCUUGACCUAGAUGAUAGCGGCCAUUGGGAUUUCCAUGGAGGCUCAUCCGGAACAGUCUUCGUCAAACGCAUGCGCGAACAACUUGGAAGCUUGUUAAGUGUCGAGAAACCUGGUAGUGCCUCAUUUCUCCCGAAACUACCGCGACCUUAUCCUGCUGUUCUACUGGAUUCACCACGUUCCGCGACAGAAUCUCCUCUCGAUGGAGGCCUUCCCAAUACAGUUGAUCUUCCAAGUAAAGAUGUCGCAAGGACAUUGUGCGAGCAUUCUUUGGAUACAGCGUGCUCUCUACUUCGAUUUGUUCACCAACCGACUUUCUAUAUUAUGUUUGAAAGAAUCUACGAGGUUCCUGUCGAGAAUUUUGGCAACGAGGAGAACCAAUUCCUAGCCCUACUCUACGUUGUACUUGCUCUGGGUUGUAUGUUUGACCGGCAAGGUGAUGAUUAUGAGCAAUCAUAUAAAGCUGGAAUCGAUCAUGGCCUAAAAUAUUUCAGGGCGGCACGUCAAAUGAUGGAUAUAACAGAUUGUCGUGAUAUCAUGCCGUUGCAGGCUCUACUCUUCAUGAUUCUUUUCCUUCAAGCGACUGCCAAUUUAAGCACGUGCUAUUCGUAUAUUGGAAUUGCUUUGCGAUCUGCCUUGCGGAUGGGGUUGCAUCGAAAUCUUGCUGGGAGCUUCAAUCCAAUCGAACGUGAAACUAGGCGGCGCCUGUUCUGGAUAAUUAGGAAGAUGGAUACUUACGUUUCUGCAUUGUUGGGUUUCCCAAUGAUGCUAAGUAACGACGAUAUUGACCAAGAAUUACCACUCGAGGUUGAUGAUGAGUAUAUUACUAAAGACACAAUCCUUCCCAUGCCACAGGGCAAGAUAUCACUUUAUACAGCCUCCAACGCACAUACACGUCUAAUGGCAAUCCUUUCGAAGGUCGUCAAAUACAUAUAUCCAACCAAAGGUCUAGAACAGUCAGUUCAAGGUUGCGCAACAGCUUCAUAUGUUAUCAGCCAUGCGAAGAUCAGAGAGAUUGAACGAGACUUGGCAGAUUGGCUUGAUAAACUACCCAUGGCUCUGCGACCUGGGGGAACUGGAUCACCAGACCUUCUUCGUGUGCAACAACUUCUACGUCUAGCUUAUGCUCACGUACAAAUGAUGCUAUAUCGGCCAUUCCUUCAUUACGUCUCUCGAAAAGCAAAUGCUGGGGGCAAACUUGAUGAGCGCUCCUAUGCUUGUGCUGCCGCAUGUGUCAGUGUCGCAAGGAACAUCGUUCAUAUCACGUCUGAGAUGAAAAAGCGGGGUCUCUUAUUAGGGGCAUAUUGGUUCACGAUGUAUACAACUUUCUUCGCAAUUUUGUCUUUGGUAUUUUUUGUACUCGAGAACCCAGACAAGGCUGGGUCCCAAGAGAUUCUCGUGGAUGCGAAUGACGGAAAAGCUGCUCUCGAAGGUCUUGCGAAGAAAAGUCAAGCUGCAGACCGUUGUUCUGUGGCUCUCAGGUCACUGUUUGAGCAAUUGCCUAAGAGGCUAAGGGAAGGACGAAUGCCAAAUAUUCUUCCCAAGAAGAAGCGCUCCGCUCCAUCACCAAACCUUGGACCACGUGGCACGAACACUCCUAACUCUCAGGAUCGGCCUAAGUUGGACUCGAGCACUCCUGUUGUAUCAGUACCAAGGUCGACGACCUUCCCGGUGUCCACACCCAAUCAGAAUAGCAACCUUCAGAGAUCCUCGCUUGAUGGCAAUCGGUUCCAGCUUAACACAUUAUCAACCCCAAAUUUGAGGCAAAGCUACCAUGAGAUGAUGUCGCCCAAGGACUUUUCCAAUACUGGAACGCCAAAUUCUAGUAGCGCUAGCCCUAGCAUGUCACAGCCUUACUCUACUCCUCAUCAAUUCGGCGCUGUUGAUUCAUUCAAUGACCUCAAUUCAAUGAUGUUUCCAUCAGCAGAUCCAUUUGCGUACCCACCGAACCACCCGAUGAUGGAAUUGGAGAAUUUUAAACAAGAAAACACUGGGAUGGCCAACGAUUCUCAGACCCCGUCCUUUCUCUCAGAUACUGGGGCACCUGGAGUAUAUGAUGAUCUUGAGGGUCAACUUUUUGGUCCAAUACCACCUUAUCUAACACAAGGACAACAGAACUACGAUUUUCAGGGACAAUCAAGUUCAGGAGGAAUGAUGUCCCAUCUGAACCCUCCAGAUAUGAAUUACCACCCUGGCUUGACUCCGAAUGGAGAUAUGAAUUUCUUACUGUCGGGCGAUAGUAGUGAAUGGGACAAUAUACUUGCAGAUGGACGGCUUCGAUGA